AUGGGGGCAGCCAGCGUCGGGCCAUCCGUGGAGGAGGCAAAGAGUGCUCGCGCAAGUGUAAAUCGGCCUUCGAUCUGGCAUCGGCUGGGGCGGCGAUGGAGCGACCUCCAGAUCGGACGUCAGGGGUCGUACUCCGUCGAGCGGCUCGAGAGUCUGGACAACUAUUGCAAGACAACGUCAAAAACUCGAGCCAUGAUGGUGUGCUUACUCACACCAUUACCUGCUUUGAGUACGGCUGUGUUGCUGGAGUGUUUGCCAUUGCGACCGCCGUCCGAAGGGUGGAAGGCGAAUUGGAUGUUCUGGAUUCGACUCAGUUUGAUGGUGUUCAUCAUUUGCUUCGUGGGGAUCUCGGAGCUUCUCACGUUCCUUCCAGACCUCAAUUUUACUUUGUGCAAGCGGCUAAUCGUUGCUUCGGGUACCAGCGCGGGGUUUAUGACGGUGUGUUUACUUGUUGCGGACACGAUCGGGUUCCCUGUGCCCAAUACAUGGCAGUCCGCGGGGGUCGUGGAGGGGGUUCUAGUUCGUACGAUGAUUCUGCUGGUCUUUGGGACCAAACCUUUUGCAAGAAAUUCGCGGUGCCGGACGUGGGGCAGCUGUUGCUUGAGUUCCGAGAAGUGA